GCUCCCAUCUCCACAACAACCAACCACUACCACCUUCUCCUCCUCAUACUCUGCUGCUGCCAUUUCCUCCAAUUGCAAUGGAGGCCAUCCCAUGGGCCAUAUCCUUGGCAACCAUAUUGGCAUCCAUCCUCCUCCUCAAAACUCUUUUACGCAGCCAUCGACGUAGGCUAAACCUUCCCCCAGGGCCAAAGCCAUGGCCCAUUAUUGGCAACCUCAACCUCAUCGGCGCCCUCCCCCAUCGCUCCAUCCACGCCCUCGCCCAAAAGUACGGGCCCAUCGUGCAGCUCCGCCUCGGUUCCGUCCCUGUCGUCGUCGGCUCCUCUGUCGACAUGGUCAAACUCUUCUUAAAAACCCAUGACCUCAACUUCGCCUCCCGCCCCAAGUUGGCCGCCGGCAAGUACACCACCUACAACUACUCCGACAUCACUUGGUCCCCCUAUGGCCCCUACUGGCGCCAAGCUCGCAAGAUGUGCCUCAUGGAGCUCUUCAGUGCCAAACGACUCGACUCCUGUGAGUACAUAAGAGUCGAGGAGAUGCGGUUGCUCCUCCGCAACCUCUACCAGGCCUCAGGGAGGACCAUCACCCUGAAAGACUAUCUCUCCACUGUUAGUCUUGAUGUUAUAAGCAGGAUGGUGCUAGGGAGGAAGUACUUCGACGAUUUGGAGUCCGCGGAGGAGUUCAGGAAGAUGACAGAAGAGUGGUUCUUGCUUAAUGGGGUAGUGGUGAACAUUGGAGACUAUAUACCCUGGUUGGAUUUCCUGGACUUGCAAGGGUACAUCAAAAGGAUGAAAGAGCUUAGCAAGAAGUUCGAUAUAUUUCUCGAGCACGUACUCGAUGAGCAUAAAGAAAAGAGGCUGAGGGAGGGGGAGGGUUUUGUGGCCAAGGACAUGGUAGAUGUGCUCUUGCAGCAAGCCGAGGAUCCAAGUUUGGAAGUCAAGAUCGAGAGGCAUGGCGUCAAGGCCUUCACUCAGGACCUGCUCGUCGGUGGAACAGAAAGCUCUGCUGUGACCGUAGAAUGGGCUAUUUCCGAGCUCUUGAAACAUCCCGAACUCCUCGAGAAGGCCACCGAGGAGCUAGACCGGGUGAUCGGGAGAGACAGGUGGGUGGAGGAGAAAGACAUGCUCAAACUCCCCUACAUCGAGGCCAUCAUGAAGGAGACCAUGAGAAUGCACCCUGUUGCACCCCUACUUACCCAACGGCUGGCCCGCGAGGACUGCACCGUCGCCGGCUACGACAUCCCUGCCGGGACUCGCGUGCUGGUUAACAUGUGGACCAUCCAGCGAGACCCGGCGAUAUGGGACGGACCGGAUGAGUUCCGCCCGGAGCGGUUCAUAGGAAGCAGCGUCGACAUCAAGGGGCAGGACUUCAAGCUUCUGCCGUUCGGCUCCGGGCGGCGGAUGUGCCCCGGGUAUGCCCUCGGUCUCAAGGUGAUCCAGGUGAGCCUCGCCAAUCUGCUGCAUGGCUUUGCAUGGAAGCUGCCGGACGGGGUGAAGGUGGAGGAGCUGAGCAUGGAGGAGAUCUUUGGGCUGUCAACACCUAGGAAGGUGCCGCUCGAGGCGGUCAUUCAGCCAAAGCUCCCUGCACAUCUCUAUGUGGUGUGAUCUGAUAUCCUUCAUAAAAGAGUCUAGAUAAUUAUAGUAGAAGUGUGUGUGUUUGCUCGUAUUAGGUUCAUGUUAAAAGAGCGAAUGAUGGGCGCUUGCUUGAUGGUCAUGAUGUCGAAACUGAGUUACAUGAAUAAAGAGCUUGUUUAAAAGGGGCCUA